UUAUAAUGCCAGUUGCUAUCAAUUCUCAAUAUCAUCAAGUUUAUGACUUCAAACAUAGUAUUGUUAAAGAAAUCUUAUCAGCAUCCAAUUAUUAUGACGUAUUAAAUGUUGAUAGAACUGCUACAACAGAUGAAAUACGAAAAGCAUAUAUACAAAAAAGUAGAGCAUGUCAUCCUGAUAAAAUACCAAAUGAUCCUCGAGCCACUGAAUGUUUUCAACGUCUUGUUUUAGCUCAUGAAACUCUGAUCAAUCCAACAGCACGACUAAAAUACGACAUCACCGAGGAUAAUGAUAAUUAUGAUAUCAGUACUCAUGUUGAAGAUGAAGAAUCUACCCAGGAGGUUUUUGAAAGGGUUGUGCAUCAGUUGUAUUCGGAGAUGAUAGAUGGUGAAUUUCAAACCAUGCGUGUCAUAUUAAGUGCUAUCAAUGAAAUCCAUCCUUACUUGAACUUAUCCAAUGAAAUUAUCAAUCAUACUGAAGAUGCAUUCAAAAUGAUUAGGGGAUUGUUAUUUUCAACGCAAAAAUAUUACAAAGUGGUACAGUUUGAAUUGAUUCGACUCUAUGAUCUUCAACAGGAAAUGCGUCUACUUGGUUUAUUUGAUAUCAAAAAAAGGAUUCAACUUUCAAUCUCUAUGGGUGUACUUUUAUUGGAAAUACCAAUUAUCAUCAACAACUCUUCAAAAGAAAAUCAUCAUUCAGGUGUACUUGGUACCAUGAUGGAAUCUGCUUUGGGAUCAAUGAUAUAUGUUUUACAAUGUAUAGCUUAG